UUGGAUGUGUCAGUGAGAUGCUUUACAGACUGACUGGCCAGUCGCAGGUUGGCGCGUGUUGAGGACGGUUGCCUCUGCGUUACUAUUCGAUACUUUGUAUCGGACUUGUGCGGAUCGUAUUAAUAUUGUGUAUACAAACUUUGUGUGUGUGUUAGUUUUAUUCUGUGUGUAUUAAUUUGAGUUCUUUUUUUAAUUAGGGCUACUUGUUUUUCUUGUGUUUAAACGGGCGUGAUGUCUGCUGAUCAUCACUAAUGACCAAGUGAAUACACGACUGGAAUUGUUUUCGCGCAGGCGCAACAGAUCUAACGACGCCGCUGUCAUGACGCUGCACUGGUGGAUGCACUGGUUCUGGGUGACGAUGUUGCUGUCUUUAAUAGCAAGCAGCGGGCCAGCACUCGGGGCGCCCCAGUCCAGGCAGCUGCAGCCCGUGCCGACAGCGACCGAUGCGGCUGAGACAGCGCAGUCUCACGCAGAGCGCCAGCCUCGCGCUAUGUACUUCACCAAGGCUGUGCCUCUCCCCCUCCCCCACACGCCACCUACCACAGUCAACAUCAGCGACACCGAUACCACCCCCACACCACCCAUUACCAACACCUCUGAACACACGCAAACAAACGCAACAUUCAACACCACCACACAAGUAUCGCCAAUAAAGUGGACAAAAAUCAACACAACUGAGACUACCAAUGUAUCCAUUGGACUACAAAAUACAACAAGAAAUGCAACGCUCCUGACAUUCAUAGACCCUAUAAUCGACCCGCAGAAUGCAACGUUAAAUUCUAGAAAGCGUAAUCUGACGCCCGACUCAGUGAGGGACGACGCGAGUCUAGAAGGUAUUUCGGAGAGCAGGAUCGUGACGGAAAAGCCUCUGUCUUUAGAAACGACCUUACUGCAGACCAAGAUGCCGCCAAUCAUAGAAUCUUCUAGACAAGUAAUAGAGCCGGACAACAGGAUGGACACGGGCGCGAUCGCCGGCAUAUCGUUUGCGGCGCUGGUGCUGACGGCGCUCGCGGGCAGCACCGGCUUCGUGCUGUACCGCCGCCGGUACCUCAACAAGCCACAGACGCUCAACGACAAGUGCUCCAAUCCCGACUCCAGCGGGUACCUAGACGAUAGCACCAUUAGAGACAAUUCAGAGGAGAUGUACAGUUUGGACAACGAUUCCUUCCUUAACUCUCUGGAGGCGAUGACAAUCCAGAACUAUUGGACCGACACUGUCAAGCAUACCAAACUCUAGUCGAGGUCAACUUAUAAUGGACAGUUCAUCUUUCGACUGACUCUGUGUAUUGCUAGGUAUAUACCCUUGAAAAUAUUUUGGCAACGAAUUAAUGUCUAUU